AUGGUUUUGGUAUGGGGCUCCCUUCCCCAGCCCCCGCCCGUGGAUGUGAUGGCGGCUCCGGCUCUGUCCCGCUGUCUGUCCCUCCUCGUCCUCCUCUUGUCCCUGGCCAUCCCUCAGGCAUCUACAGCAGUGAACGGAUUGAGCAUCUCCUCACCUGGUAGGGACAGGAGUGGCAGGAGAACCCUUGAAGGCCACGGGUGCCCUACAGCCAGCCCCACACGAAGCAUCUUCACAGCAAAUGCUUCCAACAUCACAUGCUUCUAUAACUCGAGAGCCAACGUCUCCUGCACCUGGAACCAUGAUGAGGGCCUGCGGGCCACCACCUGCUACUUGCACAGCCGUCAGCCUCCAAGCAUCUUCUCCAUCCCCAUACCAGCUACUGGCAGUUAUAUCCCCAGCCUCCUUCCCUUGCAAGCUCAGAAACUGACCGUAGUGGACGUCAGGAAAUUGAUGGUGAUGUACUCUGAAGGCGGGAAGUGGAGGAGGAGGAUGACCCAGGAUAUCAAGCCCUUUGAUUACAUUCGUCUGGUUCCACCCCACUCACUCCAAGUCGCCCACAUAAAGACCCGUAGGUGCAACAUAACCUGGACCAUCUCCCAGGUAUCCCACUACAUCCAAGACAUCAUGGAGUUUGAGGUCCGGACUAGGUCUGCGGGCCACAGCUGGGAGCCGUCUACUACCUGGGCCGAGGGAGCUGGAGCCCGGCCCUGGGGAGAUGGCUGCGGUCCCAGCAGUGGAGAGAAGCAGAGACAGCGCAUCGCAGCUCCAUGUCCCAGCCAGGGCUCCCUUCCCCAGCCCCCGCCCGUGGAUGUGAUGGCGGCUCCGGCUCUGUCCCGCUGUCUGUCCCUCCUCGUCCUCCUCUUGUCCCUGGCCAUCCCUCAGGCAUCUACAGCAGUGAACGGAUUGAGCAUCUCCUCACCUGGUAGGAACAGGAGUGGCGGGAGAACCCUUGAAGGCCAUGCGUGCCCUACAGCCAGCCCCACACGAAGCAUCUUCAAGGCAAAUACUUCCAACAUCACAUGCUUCUAUAACUCGAGAGCCAAUGUCUCCUGCACCUGGAACCAUGAUGAGGGCCUGCGGGCCACCACCUGCUACUUGCACAGCCGUCAGCCUCCAAGAGAGCUGGUUUUUCCUACAAAAAAUUGGAACCACACCUGUGAGCUGCAACGAGUGAAGCCGGGAUCCUGGGCAUGCAACCUGGUCCUGGGACCUUCUCCAGAAUCUCAGAAACUGACCGUAGUGGACUUCAUGAAAUUGACGGUGAUGUGCUCUGAAGGCGGGAAGUGGAGGAGGAUGAUUACCCAGGAUAUCAAGCCCUUUGAUUACAUUCGUCUGGUUCCACCCCACUCACUCCGAGUCGCCCACAUAGAGACCCGUAGGUGCAACAUAACCUGGACCAUCUCCCAGGUAUCCCACUACAUCCAAGACGUCAUGGAAUUUGAGGUCCGGACUAGGUCUGCGGGCCGCAGCUGGGAGGACGUCCCGCUACUGAUCCUCAAGCAGAACCAGCGAUGGAUCUUCCUGGAGAAUCUCACUCCAGGCAUGGAAUAUGAGCUUCAGGUGCGGGCCAAGCCCCACCUAGGCAGCCAUGAGGUUUGGAGCCACUGGAGCCAGCCCCUGGCCUUCAGGACAGUCCCUGCAGGUACUGAUGGGAAGCUGAGAUGGGGAUGCAGCCUGGAAAGGAGAAAGAGACUGGCGGGGCAGUCUUGGGAAACCGAGAAGAAGAUCCCACCUCUCCCUUGGUUGGUCCCCAUCUUCUUGGGCGUUGGCAGUUUCUUUGGUCUUGUCCUCUUGGUUUACUUUCUGGGCAGCUUCCAGUGCAUCAGGCUACGGCUGAAGAACGUUCUCAAGUGUCACAUCCCAGACCCCUCGGAGUUUUUUCCCCAGCUGAGCUCUGAGCCUGGAGGAGAUUUCCAGAAGUGGCUCUCUUCACCUUUCCCCUCGUCCUCCUUCAGCCGCAGUGGCCCAGACCCCGAGAUCUCCCCACUGGAGGUGUUGGACAGGGACGCCAAGGCCACACAGCUGUUCCUGCUGCAGCAGGACAAGGGCUCAUUGUCCUUAGCUGAGACCAGCGGCCACUCGGUGACCAGCUGCUUCACCAACCAAGGCUACUUCUUCUUCCACCUCCCAGAUGCCCUAGAGAUUGAGGCCUGCCAGGUGUACUUCGUUUACGACCCAUGCACAGAGGAGCUUAAUGAGGGUGGGCCCAGGGCCCCUGAAGGAGCUCUCCUUCCACCCCUGCCGACUCCACCAGGGGAUGACGAUGCCUACUGCACCUUCCCCCCCGGAGAAGACCUGCUACUCUUCUCUCCGAGUCUCCUCAGUGGCCCAGGCCCCCUGAACACUUCCCAGCAGGGCACUGGGGCUGGUGAAGAGAGGCUGGCCUCCAGCCCACAGGAGGGAAUCCCUGGAGAUUCGAUCCCCCAGCCACUGGGGCCUCCUGUUCUGGAAGCCCCUGACCUGGUGGAUAUUCAGUCACCCCCAGGGCAUGAGCUGGGAGAAGCAAGAGAGAAGGUACCUGGCCCCAGUCCAAGGGAGGGGACCAGCUUCCCCUGGGCCAGCCCUCCCGGGCAAGGCCAAGUCAGGGCCCCCACUGCCUGCCUGACCCUGAACACUGAUGCCUACCUAUCCCUCCAAGAGCUCCAGGAUCGGGACCCAGCUUACUUGGUGUAG